AUGAUCAGUGUCAUGAUACAUUAUUAUCACUAUUCAAAAGAUGACACAAACCAUCUGGAAAAACAUAAGGAGAAUAAAAAAUCAAAGAUUUUGACUGAUGACAUGUUAACUUCUGGUAAAGUAAAGAAAGAAAAAAAGGGGCUGUCUUUGUUGGAUACAUUUUUUAUUUGUUUAAAAAAGAUUUUUCACUUUGUAUGUCCGUCCCUUCAAACAAUGAAUAGUAUUAAUAAUGAUAUGAAGAUGAUUGAAGUGAGUAAGAGAAGUGAGGUGGCAGUUGGUGAAAAAUUAAAUGAUACUACUACAACAACAACAGCCAAUAAAACAAUGCCAGUUUCGACAAUUGUUGUAGAUAUAGGAGAAGAGAAGUUAAAAAAAUUAAGAAAUGAGCUUAUAGAAACAUUCAAAGAUGAGUCAAAAAAAAUGAUAAAAGAAGAGUUAAAAAUAUUAAAAGAUAUUAUUGAUGAAAAGGUAAAAAUAAUUGGGAAUAGAAUAAAUAGUAUAGAAAAUAAUGACAAUAAUUUUGGAAAAAAGAAAGAGGAAAUUGUAAUUGACUACACAAUUGUAAAUGAUCUGAUUGAAAAAGCUAUUCAAAAGUAUGACUCUGACAAGACGGAGUUAGUAGAUUAUGCACUAGAAUCUACGGGUGGUCGUAUUAUAGAGGCUUCUGGUGAUAAGGGUUUCUUUGAUAGUUGGUAUAACAUAGCAAAAAUACCUUUUAUUUUUUUAAAACCUUCACCUAGAAUUGUCAUUCAACGUACCAGUUUAAAUUUGGUUCCUGGAAAUUCAUGGUGUUUUGAAGGUGAUACUGGUUUCUUGACUAUUGGCCUUUCAUAUGAAAUUUAUGUAACAUCAUUUACAUAUGAGCAUAUUCAUUUUAAAAAUAGUCCUUCUAACAAUUUAUCUUCUGCUCCAAAGGAAUUAGAAAUAUUUGGUAUUGAUGGAAAAAAUAAUUCAUGUGACAAUAGUACUUCAAUUGGAAAUUUUACUUUUAAGGCAAGUAAAUCUCCUUUACAAAUGUUUGAAAUUAAAGGUACUAAUAAUAGGACCUAUCCAAUGGUAAAAAUUGGAAUUAAAUCUAACUAUGGUGCUUCGUAUACAUGUCUUUAUCGUAUACGUGUUCAUGGUCAUCGAGAUUUUAAGUAA